CCAACUAUUGACCCCGUGACCCGGAAGCUAUUUCAACAACGGAAAAAGUCGCGAACGAGCGGCGGUUUCUGUCAAGUCCGUCUGGAUAAUUGAUAAAAACAAGAACAUUUUUCAAGUGUGAAUUGCGUAUUACAGCAACAUGUUUUACCAUAUUUCUUUGGAGCAUGAAAUCUUACUACAUCCAAGGUACUUUGGUCCGAAUCUCCUCAACACCGUGAAGCAGAAGCUUUUCACAGAAGUGGAGGGCACCUGCACUGGCAAGUAUGGCUUCGUCAUCGCAGUUACCACCAUUGACAACAUCGGGGCUGGUGUGAUACAACCCGGCAGAGGAUUUGUCCUCUACCCAGUCAAGUACAAGGCCAUUGUGUUCCGCCCAUUCAAAGGGGAGGUGGUAGACGCUGUGGUCACCCAGGUCAACAAGGUCGGAUUGUUCACAGAAAUCGGUCCCAUGUCUUGCUUCAUCUCUCGCCACUCCAUCCCUUCAGAAAUGGAGUUUGACCCCAAUUCCAAUCCUCCUUGUUAUAAGACAGUUGAUGAGGACAUCGUAAUCCAGCAAGAUGAUGAAAUUCGGCUAAAGAUUGUGGGGACAAGAGUGGACAAGAAUGACAUUUUUGCCAUUGGUUCUCUCAUGGAUGAUUACCUGGGUCUUGUGAGCUGAUUUGCUGCAGAAGAAACACAUUUCACAUGGGACACUUCAUGCAGUAGCUUACUUAUUUUCUUUAUAAAAUUCCUAUGACUUUUACACUUUUAUACACAAAAUGGUGGAAAAGGUCCCUCAGCAACAUUAUUGUUAUUAUAAUGUUGCACAGUUUACAUUGGUUUUAUUGGAACUACUUUAAAAAUGGAAAAGGAAAAUCCAGGCGAAUGCUUAAUAAAUUAAUUGCAAGAUGUUAGAGAGUUUGGAAGCAUUUAUUGUUUCUUGGUAGAAAUCACAAUUUCUAUUUCAACUAUGUACUGUUUAGUUUUUGUACACUGACUGUAAUAAAGUAUUUUAUUUCUUA